UUUUGGUACGUCAUAAUUUUAAGAUUAGUAUUGCAUUAUUUCGGCCCUUACAUCCGAAGUGUGGUUAGUAACUCACCAACUUGUUUACAUGAGUCGAAUUGUUGAGUUAGUCGCUACCGAGUUAAUUCAUUUGAAGGCUACAAAGAAGCACGUGCCGUUGCCUUAUUUUUACUAGGCUACCUAAGUCACUGUUUAGAAACUAACCGUGAGCAGAAGCCUAAGUUGUAGUUGGAAGGAAAGAGAAAUGGCAUUGAGAGCAGCCGUACUUCGCCACAUUCAGGUGCCAGUUCAAACCCUAACGGCAACCGGAUCGAAACCUCUGCCCCGAUGGAGUCUCGGCGCUUCCCUCCGGUUAUUUUCAUCUCACGAUGAUCACCUUACCAAAGAAGAGGUAAUCGACAGAGUCCUCGACGUCGUCAAAAGCUUCCCCAAAGUCGAUCCUUCCAAGGUGACCCCCGAUGUCCAUUUCCAAAAAGAUUUGGGGUUGGAUAGCUUGGACAAUGUGGAAAUUGUAAUGGCUUUGGAAGAGGAGUUCAAGCUGGAAAUUCCAGACAAGGAGGCUGACAACAUUGACUCAUGUAAUCUUGCUAUUGAGUAUAUAUAUAACCAUCCAAUGGCUGGCUAAUCUAAUGCAAAGCUAGGUUGUAUCUUGUUAAAUUUCAUUCGAAAAGGAUAAUGACAUCUCCUACUCUGUUUUUGUUCAACAUUUUUGAUGUUUGUAUGAAUUUACUCUUCAUAACGGGAUUAAGACUGACGAUCUGAAUCUGUUUGGUGUGAUACUACAUGAACUUGCUUCUACACCAAACAGCUGCAGAUUUCAACUUGAAAUAAACUUUUUUGUAUU